UUGGUUGGACGUUUUGCAUCCUGAUCGCUGAUUGGGCGACACGCUGCGAGGCAGGGAGAUGUUAGUGAGGCCGCCGCUGUGGAAGGGAAAGCGGAGUAGGAGGUGCGGCGGGGGCCGGUUGAGGUUAUGGCUCCGUGCUACUGAAGCGGUGGGGGAGCCGGGAUGGCGCGGAGCCCCGGGGAGGACAGCGUGUCUCCCUCCGCUAGCCUGCGUGGAACCAGGGAGACCCUCAGCGACCCGGAACUCGAGUCUAUCGGCUCAGACUCCGAGAUUAACGGGUUCACUGCGGAGAGGAGGACGGAUAAGUACGGUUUCCUGAUCAAGUCUGAGACCAGCGAAGGCCCAGACCAGGAAUUGCCAGUUGAAGUGUUACGACAGAGAGAAGCCAAAUGGCUGGACAUGUUGUUAAACUGGGACAUAUGGAUGGCAAAAAGACACAAGAAGAUAAAGCUGAGAUGUCAGAAGGGAGUUCCGCCUUCAUUGCGUGGGCGCGCCUGGCAGUACCUUUCGGGGAGCAGAGUGAAGAUGGAUCAGAACCCCCACAAAUUUGCUGAGCUGGACUCAUUGGCAGGUGACCCCAAAUGGGUGGAUGUCAUAGAAAGAGACCUUCACAGACAGUUUCCUUUCCAUGAAAUGUUUGUUGCCCGCGGGGGUCAUGGGCAACAAGAUCUCUUCCGGGUACUAAAAGCUUACACUCUGUAUCGGCCAGAUGAAGGAUACUGUCAGGCCCAAGCACCUAUUGCAGCCGUGCUGCUUAUGCAUAUGCCGGCAGAGCAAGCAUUCUGGUGUUUGGUGCAGAUCUGUGAGAAGUACCUUCCAGGAUAUUACAGCGAGAAACUGGAAGCAAUUCAGUUGGAUGGAAGGAUCUUGUUUUCGCUGCUACGUAAAGUGUCUCCUGUAGCCUACAAGCAUCUGAGCAAGCAGAAGAUUGACCCUAUCUUGUACAUGACGGAGUGGUUCAUGUGUGCGUUUUCACGGACCCUUCCCUGGAGCUCUGUCUUGCGUGUGUGGGACAUGUUCUUCUGUGAAGGUGUGAAGAUUGUCUUCCGGGUAGCGCUUGUUCUUCUGAAGUAUUCACUUGGUUCCUCUGAAAAGCUCAAAUCCUGUCAGGGCCAGUAUGAGACUAUGGAGAGUCUACGGGCAAUUGACCCAAAAUACAUGCAUGAAAGUUUUCUUAUACCUGAGAUUGUGGAGUUGACAGUUACAGAGCGGGAUGUGGAACGUGAACAUCUAAUACAACUAAAGAAGUGGAAGGAAGAAUAUGGAGAACUGCAAUGCAAAUCACCUUCGCGCAUGCAUGGGGCGAAAGCCAUCAGAGAUGCUGAGCCAUUGGGCCAUAAGCCUCUUAAGCACUCUCCGUCCAUCAUCCUUCCAUCUACCAUAAGCUCUAGGAAGAAGACAAAGGAGCAGAAACAGGAAGAGAAAGAGCAAGAAAAGCAGCGGGCUAAGGAGAUGAAAGAGAGAGAAAAGAUGGAGAAGGAGAAAAAGAGGCUUGAAAAGAAGAAGAGUAAAGGCAAAGAUGACCAAUCGAAUGGGGCUGUAAAAGAGGAAAAUGGUGAUGGAGGGACCAGAGAUCUCCGGCAGGAACCGGUACAGCCUUUGUUGGCUAAAGUAACCCAAAAGGACUCUCUAAAUGUGCACCAGUCCAGUGAGAGCUUGUGCUCCAAAGAGAGUGAAGACACCUAUUUAUAACUUCCACUUGGAGAAAUGGUUACCACAAAUCCCACUCACCUGUGUGCUUUGAGUCCUUCAACCCUAGUACUAGAGAUGCUUCAAAGGCAGAAACAUCUCUUGUAAUUGCUGCAUCACAGAUGUAUUGGAUACAAAUAAGUAGAGACAAUUCAGAAACCAGCCUUAUUAAUCAGAUGGAUAAUGACAUGAAUUUUUGUGAUUUGUCUCCAAGUUUCAUUCUUUGUAUUUACAAAAGUCGUCAUUGCUUAGAGAUCACAAAACAUCCAUUAUGUGUUCCUGUCUGCGAGUCUUUGCUGGUAACAGACUGGAGCAGUUAGAAAUACCAUCCAGUAUAGGCUGCAAGGGAUCCUUUCUGUAUUAUGACUCAUGUCGGUAUAAGAGUGCGGAGUAUGCGCCAUGUGCUCUGUUCCAUUCCAGAUGUUUUGCUGCUGAAAGCAGAAUGUCUUCUACUAUGCACAACAAGUUCAUUGUUUCCUACGUACAUGGGACCAACCAGAGAAAUGCAACUGACAGACACUCUUCCUCUACCCCACAGACACUCUUUGUACCAAUAAAUGGAUUAAAGGAGUAUGAAUUUUGUUAUAUAGCCCAACACAAUGGAGUGUCUGUUUAGUUUCUUCUCUCUCUUAUUAGAUCCUGUACAGGAAGAGAGAUAUUGAUGUUUGCAUCUCGGGUCUCUGCAAGAGGUUCUGGGAAUGAACUAUAUGCCAUUACCUGACCAACCAACACUAUCCCUCCCCCUGAUGCUAUAGGAGGGGCUUGUAUUACACAGUGUAUUAUAAAGUUACACUAAACACAGCCAAGCAGGAAUAUUUAUUUAUAAUAGCUGUUGCAAAAAUAAAAAUAAAGAUGCUUGCCAAUAUUUAGAUUACAAUGAAA